UGUCUGAAUUAAUUUACUUCACACGCAGCACUUUUAACGCUAUUUUUUAUCAAUUUUUUCACAUUUAACAACGCAUCUGACAGCCAGUUUGUCUGGUACUCGAAGCGUUCACCUUUGGCUGACAUUUCUAUCUGGAAGUGUCAUAAAGAUCAUUCGUAAACAAGUUGACAGAAUCUUUAUGGUUGUGCCAGUAACCUGACGUAGGGAAUUCUCGUUGAAUGUUGAUUUUGCGUGCUGUACACCAUACCACCGUCACUUGUGAAUUUGUUUAAUAAGUAUGAGCGAACUAACCUCACGCUGACUUAUGUCAGACGCUUGGUCGCGGUCGAAGCGUUUGUCAUGCCUUGCUUGUCGAACAUUACGAGAUGAUAGUCAUUGGAUUGAUUCUCACGAGCACAACAAUUACAAAACUUCAAUCAACGCAACGAUCAUGGAUGAAUGAUGUACGCUUUUGUUGUCUUUUCUCGAAAAUAAAUAGAGAAUACAAAUGUCACUUCAACUCCACUGUCAUAACUCGCAUGCAGUACUGCUCGCACGCACUUCAUCGAACGGUAAAGGGGAAUCGUAUUUCACUUUGAAGGCAGGCUAAACAUGAUAAACACUCGAAAUUUGCCGUUGCCUAUCACUCGAAAAUCUCAUUGAUCGAUGAAUUUCGAGACUCGACAAAUCCAUGGACGUGAGGAGACUUGUCGCCUGCUCGUUGCAGGUAUGUAGAGUGGUAUGUAAUGUUUUGCGAAAACAUUUAGGUUAGGGCGUUUAUUUUUCGAAUCGAAAAAGAUUCAACGUGAAACUGUAAUGUCAUGUGGUGAUUCUCGUGAGGUGUUAAUGGGUAAUAAGUGUCAGUAAACAAUAAUGGUCUAUGUAUGUGGUGCCUAAUUUCUUUCAAAACAUUCAAGAAGUUUUCGUGGACGUCGUUUAGAUUUGAUUCCGGGAACAAGAGAGAAAAAGAGUGUGUGAAGGUUACCUGUGAUAAGAUUUUAUUGACAAUUACCUUAUCACUUUUAUAAUUAUCCACUAGGCUCGAAUUAAUCGAUAAAAAAACUAAUAAACAAGUACGGUACAGUAUCUGUUAGGAAGUUUGCACUAUGGCAGCUGGCGAAGCUAAUACAUACUACCUUUCCGGAGAGGAGACUAAUUGGAGAAAAAAUAUUGUAACUCAACUACGGGACAGGAAUAGAUCUGAAACUUAUUGCUUCUAUGAUCUCAUAAGCCUACAUAAUCGUCUUCUCGAAAGUUCAAAUAUGCUUCGAAUGGAAAACUAUCAACUAUCAAUAGCGAAUGAGAAGCUUAGAUGUGAAGUAGGAUCUGGAGGUUUUGGAGGAAAUUCAACAUUGGAAGCUCGACUUCUUGCUCAUGCAGAAGAACUAGCAACUUUGCAUAAAAGACGAGGAGAACACACUCAGCAGAUUGUUGAUCUUAACAUCAAGCUUCAAGAAUUGAAAAAAGAGUUGCAAACUAAAGAAGCAAGUAUUGCAGAACAUUUGGAAGUGAAUGCUGGUUUACGUACUGAAAUUACACGAUGCGUCAGCAGAGAACGAGAAUUGGAAAAUGUAAAUCAAAUGCUUAAAGAUGAGCACCAAGCUUUGCAGCUUGCCUUUGCCGCACUCGAGGACAAACUUAGGAAAGCGCAGGAGGAAAAUCGCCAAUUAGUUGAGCGUUUGAUCAGAUAUAAAGCCAAGGAUGCGGACAAGAUGAAUGAAGAGAAUGACAACUUUUUGAAAAAAAGACAAGCUAAAAUGCAGAAGGAACUGGAAGACGCGGCGAGAGAUACUCGUGGAAUUAGUCCAGAUCGAACAAGUUUGAAGGAGGGACCAGUCGGCCUUUCGUCAUCGCUACCCACCCAAGUCUCUUCCAAGUUUGACGCUCACGACGGCGAAGUGAACGCUGUGAAAUGGUCUCCCGUGGAUCGACUCGUAGCGACUGGAGGAGCUGACAGAAAAGUCAAACUUUGGGACGUAUCCAAGGGGACAUGCGACAGUAAAGGUAUGCUGGUUGGAAGCAACGCCGGCGUUAUGUCGGUGGAUUUUGAUUCGACUGGAACUCACAUCUUAGGAGCGUCGAACGACUACGCGAGCCGGGUUUGGACCGUCAGCGAUCUUCGUCUGAGGCACACAUUAACGGGACAUAGUAAUAAAGUAAUGGCCGCCAAAUUCAUGGGUGAACCGUCCAAAGUUGUCACUGGGAGUCACGAUCGUACUUUGAAAAUUUGGGAUCUGCGCAGCAGAGCGUGUAUAGAGACGAAAUUCGCCGGUUCAAGCUGCAACGACCUGGUCAUAUCGGACGGUUCGGGAUCGACGAUAAUCAGUGGGCACUUUGACAAGACAAUAAGGUUUUGGGACACCCGAGCGGAGUCGAGUUCCAACAACAUCGUGCUUCAAGGGAAAGUGACAUCGCUGGAUCUAUCGCGAGAUGCCCAUUAUUUGUUGAGCUGCGUUCGAGACGAUACGCUUAAAUUACUGGACUUACGAAUGAAUCAAAUAAUUGGUUCCUUCAGCGCCGAGGGUUUCAAAGUUGGCUGUGAUUGGGCACGAGCAACCUUCAGUCCAGACGGCCAGUACAUCGCGGUUGGAUCGUCAAACGGAUCUGUAUUUAUCUGGUCGAUCAGCAACAACAAAGUGGAAUCCGUACUCAAGGAUCACACAUCGGCGGUGACAGCGGUCGCGUGGCAUCCUCAGGGAACGUAUCUCGCCUCGGUAGACAGGACGAAGCAGGCGACUAUUUGGGGCGAUGUCUGACACGAAUCUUUGGCCUGAACAAAAGAGAGAGGUGGAAAUACCGAGGAGCGACAGAGUCGAACGUCUACCGAAAGUCGAGGGGUGUAAGGGGAAGACUGUUAUAUUUUUACAAAAGAAAUAUUAUCUUGGAAAAGAAAAUUACCUCAGGCUCACCUUUUAUUCAGCCAACAAAAUAUAAGUUGGGCGUUGGGUCGAUUUUUGUUGGAAAAAAAAAAAAAAAAAAAAUUGUGCCAGCCGCCUCGA